ACGUCAGGAAGAAGGGACGGAAGUGCAAUUGUACACAUGGCGGCCUCCACAGCAGUGUCACUGUCAGUCGGUUUGGAGCAUGGAUGUAUGUAGGAAGGGUUAUAAUACGUCAAAUUCCCUAGAAUUGGUAUGUUCAUACAUUCAGGGUAAAUCUACGUCAUCGCAGAUAUUUCGGUAGUCAGCACUGAUGCGGUGGACGCGCGGCGGACGCGCGGUCGGUAUGCUGACAGCCUGCAGGAGCGUCCUUCGCCGCCUGCAGCACUGCCAGCCGCUUGCGGUAUGGAGGCGGCACCUGUCCUCCGGACCCCCCUGGAGGCUCCUGUUCUUUGGCUCUGAUGAGUUCGCUGUGGAGUCUCUAAAACUCCUCACAUCCAACAGGAGCUCCUGUGGAGGGAUAGUGGAGUCCCUUGAAGUUGUUACUUUGUCUGGUGACAUCCCAGUGAAGAGGUUCGCUCAACAGAACCACCUACCGCUCCACACCUGGCCUCUUGGUGAUCUGCAUGGACAGUUUGAUGUUGGGGUGGUGGUGUCUUUUGGCUGUUUACUCCAUGAGAGACUAAUCAACAAGUUUCCAUACGGGAUCUUGAAUGUUCACCCCAGCCUGCUGCCGAGGUGGCGAGGUCCAGCGCCUGUCUUCCACACCGUCAUGCAUGGUGAUACUGUGACAGGAGUCACCAUCAUGCAGAUCCGUCCUCACAGGUUCGAUGUGGGCCCUGUUCUUGCACAGGAGCUCCAUCCUGUCCCUGAGAGAUGUACUGCUGAUGAGCUUGGAGCUGCUCUAGCCACUAAGGGAGCACAUCUACUGAUUGACACGUUGAGGACACUGUCAGAGAGAAUGGCAAAUAAAAUGGAGCAAAGUCAGACAGGUGCAACUUUUGCCCCGAAAAUCCAUCCAUCCAUGAGCUGGAUGGUGUGGGAGGAACAGACUUGUGACCAAAUCGAUCGUUUAUAUCGUGCCAUUGGAUCCAGGAUACCUUUGAGAACCAUAUGGAUGGGCAGCACAAUAAAGCUUCUUGAUUUUGUAGGAAAAUGUCACAUUUCAUUAUCAGAUCAAAGGAGGAAACCAGUUCCUGGCUCAGUGAGCUAUCAGAAGGAGUCCAACACCCUGGCUGUGUUGUGUAAGGACGGCUGGGUGGGCUUCAAGGCAGUGCUUCUGAAAAAAAGGCUGACAGCAGCUGACUUCUAUAAUGGCUACUUGCACCAGACACUGAAGAAGGUGACGCCCCAUCAGACAACUGAAUGCCUGUUUGUCAGUAGAAAAGGAGUAACGGAAGCUGAUCAGAUGAGAGAGAACUCAAGAUAGUUCAUUUAUUACUCUUGUCUGCAUGUAAAAUUUGAUUCACCAGUUAUCUGGAAUGUAGUGCCAUUGCAGCUGGAGCGUCUGCUUGGAUGGAUUAUAAGGACCACGGGCCCUGGACACAAACUCGCCAUGAGCCCCUAACUACACUCGACCAGCGUGUGAACCCCCUGUGCACAGUAGCACAGGGCAGCCCAGUCACACCGCAUGUGUCUCUUUGAAAUGAUGUUAUUUUGAUAUUACAUGUAGCGACAUUUUAGGCCUGUUUUGCUGUACACACAUCAUGUACAGCACAGCAUAUUCAUCUUUAAGACUCAAAAUACACACAUGAAUAAUGCAAAUAAUUUCUAAGUAACUGUUCAAGAAACAAAAUCAGAUGUAGCACAGACUAUGAAAUGUAUCAGUUCAAACACCAGUUGUGUCCAUCACCACCCGGUGUGGUCUCUGGCACGAGCAGAACUCCAAACAGAUUGUAGAGUUGCUUAUGCGUUAACUCUGUGGCUGAGACAGCUGACUUAAUGAUCAGUAACCACAUUAAAUCUGAAAUUUGCUUCUCCCUUCA